CUGGAAGCUGGAGGGGUGCCACUGGCCGGUAUAUGAUGGCUCGCAUCAGGAAAAUCGAUCCGCUGUCUUCAAGCACCCUCUUGUCUUCCAUACGAGCACGCUCAAAGACAAGCAGAAGGUUCUGUAAAUUCACCAUGCAUCUGUUUCCCUUGCAUGUUGUUCUCACCUUGUGUGGGCGAUUCUCCAUAGGGGCGAGACCUCUCCAUACGGUGUAUUUUCGACCGCGGCUAGGAAGUUGACGUCGCCUUCACAGAGGCACAUGGUUCACAAGUUAGGCCUCCGAAGGGACGCAAUUGGCGGAGGUGUGUGCUAGGUGUG